AUCUGAAAGGAACGUCCUCUGUGGACGUGUUAACAACGUGUCUAGUAAUAUUACGUAUUCUCUAAAGCUCUUUAGCGAAAACCAGCUGAAGGGCUCUACUGUCUCAGCUGUAUACGGAUAUAAAGAUGCCAUUGUUUAUCGUUCGCUGCUAGUUUACAGUUAAAACCCUUGUGUUAUUUACGUGUCUUGUUUAAUGUUGAUUAAUUGCUAUGCUGGCAUACGGAUGCAUUUCAAUAGGGUUCGGUUGCAUAUAUAGGUAGCUUCAAAUGUUUACAAUGUGUCUUGUUUAAUGUCGGUUAAUUUACAUGCUAUCAUAUGGAUGUGUUUAGUGUGGUUACGUUGUAUGCUUAGUUAGCUACAAAUAUGGUGAGUUAUAUUUAAUCAUUGUUCAACCAACCACAUCUUUAGCCUGCAACACUGUGUAUUGUUGUCAGUGUGGCCUUCAAUCUGCUGCGUUGACAGAAUGUUUACCUGAACACCAGACAUAUGACCUCAGCCGCAUUGAUGCGAAUUAGUUUUGUGUUGACAUCAUUGUUUAGUUGUUGUCGCAGCCACCCUCUGUCUGUUUUCACUUUCCCUAGUUGUUCGGUGCGGUCUGGAAUAGCUGAACUAGGACACGGUUAAUGCCGGCGCACUGAAUAGUCAGACAUCUGUGUUUAGUCUGUGGCAGUUGGAAUGUGAUCGCUGUCUGUUCGCAUGUUCAUUUUUGUGGUAAAUAUCAACACAAGCCAGAGGGAUUUGUACAUUUUUAAGCGAGUAAGCAUUAAGAGAAAACAUUGACAGAUCACAAACAUCUAUCUCUCAAUACAUUCAAUCAAAAACGUAGAAUAUAUUAAGACACUGCCUUUUGUUUAUUUUGAGUGUGGUAUGUUAGGUUAGUGUUACUCUGUUUGGAGUGGUAAAGAAACUUAGGUUGUACAGACAACUAUUAAUUAUUCUGUAUAGUUUAUCUAUCCUCUGUCACAGGGAAGCAAGGAGAUCUAUACAGGAAAUGGAAAGGAUUCUACUUGACUAUGGACCAUAGUUGACUGAAUGUUCUCAGACAGAUGAUGCUCAGUAACCAAGCCAGACGCCAAUGAAAGAUAACCGUCUGCUGCCAUGACGACCAGUCGCUGCACUCUGUUGCCGGAGGUGCUGCCAGAGCGUUCUGACUCUGCCCACACAGGGAGUUGCUUGAGCGACAGGGACUUUGAUCCAAUGGGUAGCCUGGACUACCCGACAGAGCCUGACCUCCCAGGAAAAGCAAUGGAAGAGCAGAGCAGUCCGGCCAACGGAGAGCCGCAGUACUACAUGCAAGUGUCUGCCAAGGAUGGGCAGCUGCUGUCAACUAUCGUGGGAGCGUACGCCAAACAGAGCCCUCUGCCUGAGCGGCCCAUGUGUCGGAUCUGUCAUGACGGAGGGGGUCAGGAGGAGCUGCUCUCCCCCUGUGAGUGUGCAGGGACCCUGGGUACCAUCCACCGGAGCUGCCUGGAGCACUGGCUCUCUGCCUCUGGCACCAGCGCCUGUGAGCUCUGCCACUACCAGUUCACUGUACAGAGGAAGAACCGGCCACUGAUGGAGUGGGUGCGUAACCCGGGCCUGCGCCAGGAAAAACGGACGCUGUUCGGCGACAUGGUGUGCUUCCUGCUCAUCACGCCUCUGGCCACAAUCUCCGGGUGGCUGUGUCUGCGGGGGGCCGUGGACCACCUGCACUUUUCCAGCCGCCUGGAGGCCGUGGGCCUCAUCGCUCUCACCGUGGCCCUCUUCACCAUCUACCUCUUCUGGACCCUGGUGUCGCUCAGGUAUCACUGUCGGCUGUACAAUGAAUGGCGGCAGACCAAUCAGAGGGUGGUGCUUCUCCUCCCCAGGUCACAUGGUGAACAGUCUGCUCCGCCCUCUUCACAAGGUCCAUCUCGUGAAAAAUGGCCAUCCAAAGAGACUAUUGUCUGAGCAGCCCUUUCUUCAAUAGCCACGAAGGAGAAACACUGAGGAAGAAUGGGGAUAGUUCCAUAGGGGCCAGAACAGUAUUUGCUUCUGGUGCCCUCCAGUGCUGAACUUUGAAGUGCCCACAUGAGUGGAAUUGCCACCAAAUGUCAUUAAUAGGCACCUAGGAAUGGUUUAAACACACAUUUACUAAGGCGGUAGAGUUACUGUACAACAGAGACCUUCUCUUCGGUGAAGCAUUCAUUCUGGACUCAAAAUGCAGCAUUACAUCCCACCACUGCCACCAAAAUGUCAUACAGGGAUGGACAGGUACAUUUGGUGAUAUAGAAGUGGUGGAGUGCGUAGUUGGUCAUAAAGCAUUUGGACUGAAGGACAGCCAGGAAAAGUUCGCCACUGUGACCAUAUGCUGUGAUUGGUGAUUCCUGUGAAGUGCAGAAAACAUUAUCUGGUUCAUAUAACAUACCAACAUAAACCUGUGUAUAGCAUUACUAUAUUAGUCACAUUCCACCAAUAAACAAAUCAAAGCCCAGAGUGUAAAUAAGUACUUCAACUACUUCAGUAUUUUACAUAGUAUUAAACUCUUACCUUUACAUGUAUGGGUCUCUGUGCCUCAAACCAAGGUCAUGUUCAUUGUGCACCGGGGGACUACUCAUUUUUCAUUCUGUUUCAAAAGUAUUUCAAACGUUUCACUACGGUGUGCCCUGCUGAACACGAUCCAACUUAAGACAUGCUUUGUGGAGUGUUAAACGGGGUAUAGGUUGAUGUAGGCCUAUACUAGCUGCUCAGUCUUUCUUUGCAAGUCCUCCCCUUAGAUAAGAACACCAUUAACAGUUGAAGUACAUUGAGGUUGACCUUAACAUAACAAAAGGGACAUUUUGAAUUAAUUUAUAUUUCGGCUACAAAGUAGUUGUGUGAAAAAUACAAUAUUGGUUGGUCUCAGUUGAGAACUGGUUAACUGUGGUAUAUGUUAGUCAUUCACUUCACUUACAAAUAGCUGUGUUUGUUAGACAUCCCAUCUUUGACUCAUGAGUGGUCAUGUCAUUGUGUUAAUGAUUUUCUUUUGUUCAAGGAUUUUGUAGUCACUGCCUUGUAAAGUAUUUUGUGAUAGUUCUCUUCCUAGAAAUGGUUGUAUAGCCUAGCCAAGACUAUUCAGGUUGAUUAGAAGGGCCAAAAACACUUACAUUUUCUGUCUAGAGAACUUCUUGUUAUACCAGAUGUAUUAAACUAUCAAAGUAUUGUUUUUUUUUUUAAUCAUUGAGUACAUGGUGCACUUAUUUAACUCUCCAGCAUCUUCAUUUAAUUAAAUUUCAGGCUUCACUUUGAGCUUGUUGGUGAAGUGGAAUAAACUUCCGUUAUGUUUGUGUGUGUCGGGGUGGCAGUUUGAUCAAAUGUAUUCUCUCUACAGUUAAUUUAUCAGCUGUUUCCAAUAAAAAUAUGGACUUAAAGGACUCCAGAGCUGUU